AUGCAGUUCCUCGCUACUCUCGCUCUUCUGGCCGCUACUGCCACCGCCGGCCCGGUCACUAAGAACUUCAACCUCCAGACCUCAGGUGCCUCCAACAGCAGCCUGAACAAUCUCUACGUGACUACCGAGUCUACUGGCCCUUUGAACAGCUUGGCUGUGUUUACCAGUAAUGUUGCUUCGGCCGGUUCCUUCUCUCUCCAGACCAAUGGUACUGUGCACUACAAGGCGCAGAAUGGCGCACCGUGGUCCAUUGCUCUUGUUUCCGAGGAUGUUGCCGUGGCUCCUGUCGAUGUGAGCGUUGAGCCUUCUACCGGCGGUACGGGUUUCAGCUUUGCCAGCGAUGGCAACUUGCAAAGCUCCAACAAGAACUGGGGCGGAUGGCUUGCUUGCAAUGACAAUGCCCUGUACUAUAUCAAUACCAGCCAAGAGUCUUCUAGCCACCCUGGCUGCGACAAGAUUGAGCUCAAGACAUCUUCCUAA